GCAGUGUCAAGAUAUGCUUUCGAUCCCAAGCUCUCGCAUAUGAAUGAUUUGGACCUGUGCACAAUGGCUAACUCGUCUUUCUAGAUAGAGAACGCUGCCACCGUUUUCAGGAUACUCUUGGUUUGUCCUGAAGAGCACCUACUAAGUCAUUAUCUCCCCUGAAAAGAUUCCUAACGUGGACGUCUGCCAGCCAAGUUUACCUGACCAUUAAGAGAGGCGACUCUUUAUUAGCCACUCAGUCAAGGUUGGACAGGUGGAGAUCGUAGUGCCGUAAAAUCUCCAACGGGGGAAGUUUGCUUCUUUACGAUGCUCCGAGGAAACGCACAAGUGAAUGUCGCCGUUUACAGAAUCCUAUGUCAGCUUCUCACCCUCGUCGCGAUAGCGCAAAUCCUUGUCUGGAUACUCCACAACAGAACUGUGAUGCUCUCCAUCUCCGUAUCAUCGUUUUCUCCCUCAAAAACUUCCCAUUUAUUAUCACAAUCCGCAAAUAGUUCGAAUGCCCUACCUGUGGAUUUAGAUGUAAAGUCUCAUUCACGCUUCAGACAAGUUUUUACGGACAGUCUCUCUGUCCCGACCCUAGUUCGGUCUAAAAUUGCGCGACCAAAGAUGCCUGCAUCACUGACACUUAACGAGUUGUCUCGCAAGAUCCACAGAAAGCUCUUUCAGUAUCAAGAGGAACCCGAUGAGUUCGAUGGCCAAGGGAUAGAUUAUUUUUCCAUGCCGACCAUGUCGAUGAAACCACUCUAUCCAGCACAAUUGUCGAAUGUUCCCACCAAUAAUAUCGCUCCGACGGCUCUCCAGAAUGAACCUCUUUUCAAUACCCAGUCACUAUCACCAGAAUACCCGAUGUACCCUACUGUAACGAUGGGAACGCAUGGAAACAUUAAUGAUCAUCUGCGCCCAGACGAAAUUUAUGCACUUGUCCCUCUAUCGAGAAUGAACGAGUUCAUUAACAACAACCAGUACUUCGACGACCCGUUAACGAGGCAACCGGCUGCCGGACCAGACACUCAAUUUGACCUGGGCGCGAACCCCAUCGGUCCAGCUACGAAUCGCCUUCCUUUUUCAAGUCAGUUCUGGGAAAACAUAGAGGACCUGUUUCUGGUUUUGGUGAGAACGGCUCUGAAGACGCUGACGGUCGUGCUCCGAGGUCUCCUGUUCCUACUGGGCACAGCCGGGGCGUCGCGCAUCGCCGACAUGGCCCUGAAAUCAGUCUUAAGCCCAGAGGACAUCGUCAACAUACGGGGCGCUGGCAACACGCUCGAUUUCAUCAUCCACUACAUCGAGUCUUCUGAGAGAUUAAUCAUUUAGGAUGGAAUACAACUACAGAACCGUAAAACGGGAAUGUUCGUCUCGUAAUGACGCUUGUUCAAUAAAUUAAUCUCGAACCACAUACAACAGAUAUUCUAUUUUAAUAACUUUAGCCUAUAAUAGAGAGGAUAGCACCAGAGGGUUGGAGACUGGAAAUAAAUUUUUUUUUAAAAUCUAGUUUUCUGAAUGUGCCGCAGACCCUGAAACUUGAAUCACGACCUGAUGGUGGCCUGGACUAUGUAGUUGCUUGACGCAUGAUUAUGGCUAACUUUAACACUUAAAAAAAAAAAACUACUGAGGCUAGAGGGCUGCAAUAUGGUAUGUUUGAUGAUUGGAGGGUGGAUGUUCAACAUAGCAGUUUGCAGCCCUCUAGCCUCAGUCGCUUUUAAGUUCUGAGGGCGGACAGACAGACAACAAAGUCGGCACAAUAGUUUUCUUUUACAAGAAAACUAAAAGGGGUUAAAUAACCACUCACUAGUUUUGGGGUAGGAUUUCUGGUCAGAAACAGCUGUCUAAUCAUCUUGGACAUCAGCUAAGAUUACCGAUAUUAUCGAUUCUCUUUCAAAUCCCCUUCGGGAAACAAUCAUCUUACAUCUCUGUAACUAUACUAGUGUGGGACCACCCAAUUCGUGAUUUUUCACUUGAGUGUACAAAAUAAAGCACCUUUUCCCCACCAGUUCUAACUGCAUAUUCAAGUCAAUUUAUUUUGACCUUUAAUACCUUACUAGAUGGCUCACAUGGAGUAAUCAGUCCAUACGUGGGAUCUUAUAAAAAAUAUUUGUUACUCUG